AUGUCUUCGAACGCGACGACGGUGCUGCUGAAGAAGAGGGAACGGACGCAGAACUGGAUCCCGGAGGAGAAGAACGCUUUGUUCACGUUGAUCAAAGCGCACGUUAAUGCGAUCGAGAACAAGAAGGUCGACGCGGCCGCCUCAGCCAUGAAGAAUCUCGCCUGGCAACAGAUCCACUGUGACUUUCGGGGCAGAUUCUCCACGGACAGGGACAUCACUAGGAUAAAGGAGCAAUGGAGGAGGAUGAAGGCGCAGGCUAGGAUGGAGAUGCACACCUUUCUCGAGAAGGUGAAGAACACGGGUCCCGAAGAAGCAGCCAAGUGUCGGCCGUCGAACCUCUCGAUCGAGGUAUGGAAAUUGAUGGGCAGAGCGAGGAAAAACGACGUCGACGGCGAACGCUCGGACGAAAACAGUCAAGAAAGUCCGGAGAACUCCACGAAUCUGCAAGCGAUCCUGGACAAGCUGACGGCCACCUCGCCGGAAAUGCCAGUUAACGAAAUUAAAGUCGAAGCGGAGAGCGACGAGUACAAUACAGACGAAGAGAGCCGAGCGGAACUUUUCAGAAAGAAUUCGGACGGCCUGGAACGGAAACGAGCACGGAUCUUCGAGGACGAGCCAAUGGAUCUAGCUGAACAAAAGCGAUGCAACGAGGACACCACGAUUCGCCACUUCGAUAAUGGUUUAGCCGGGUCUUCCUUGAGAGAAAGGUAUGGUCGGACGGGGGGUGAAGAAGAAACGAUUCAGAAGUCGAUAUGGUUGUAUGAAAUGGCCCAAAGAGAGCAUGAUUUGAAGCUGAACAUGCUGAACAUCGAGCUAAAACGCGCAGAAUUACAGAAACAGACGGCCAUUAACGAACUGAAGACAUCGGAGAUUAAGAAACAAUUGAUUGAGAGUCAAGCGGCUGAAUACUACAGCCAAAUGAGAAUGUCCGGAGAACGUGGAUCAGGUGCUGGCAAAGGAGGUGGUGGUGGUGGUGCUAUCCGUGACGCCGGUGGAUCAUUUGGUAAAAUGGAAGCAGCACAUGAGGAUCAGUAUUUCUAUAAUUUGCAAAAAGAACAGUUCCAGAAACUGAAGGAGGAUCUCCACGAUGAGAUCUCCUUCCACGAAGAACAAAUCAAACGCCAUCAAGAAGCUAUAAACCGCCACAAACAGAGAAUAACAGAUAUGAAUGAAAAAUAAAUUAAUCUUAUUGAUUUAAUAUUCCUGAUAUCCAAUGAGUGUGAUUAUGUCCCUCAUAAUGAUAUAACAGUUAUACUUUGCAGAUAGUAACGAUGGUAGUCAUCAUGUCUGUACCUUUUUUUUAAUUACAGUGUUACAUAAUGAAAUAAAAUACAUUGAUUUUAAUACUUAUUAA